UAUUACUUCCUCCUCCCUACCUAGGUAAAAUCCCUACAACAGGUCAUUGACUAAAACUCCGUACCUCGACCUACUAUUCCGUACCUACCGAAGGUACGGAGUAGUACCUGUUAGUAGUACCUCCCUAGUACCUCCCUAGUAACUACCACUAACUGCGUUGGCGGUGGAUGAUGAGGAUCUUCAACAACUUCUUUUCCUUUGCCGCCCGCUCGUUGGGUGGCUUCCCCCACCCUCGCCCCCCCUGUCCAGAGUCCACAGCCUGUAGGAUCAUAAAUCUGCCACUCCGACGGUAGUCGCUGGCUGUUAUUCCCCGCCAGAGGAACCACUCAUGCCCUCAUACCACCCAAAAAAAAAACCCACCAACACUCGACUCCUGUCAAUGUCCACUGCCCUCUGUCCUCUCGCUGUCCACUCCACUGGCCGCUCGCCGUUCACCGAAACAAAUCUAUCCCCCACCACCUCCUCAUUCUUCCGUUCUCCAGCGACAAACUCUCCUAGUGCCGCAAGCCCAACCGUAGUGGCUGCCACGAGUUCUGAGCUAACCUCGUACUUUUUCAGGGCCACCUCUCCCUCCCAGGCAGGUCCACUGACCACCGCUAGUUAACUAGCAGCCUACCUACCUGCUAACUAACUCCUAGUUGCUACUACUAACUACCUAACUAACAAACAACUAACCACCACCACCACCACCACCACCACCACUCUUCCUACUACUACUACUACUACUACUACUACUACUACUACUACCAUUACUACCAUUACUACCACUACCACUACUACCACUACUACUACUUACUCCUCCUCAACCACCUCACAUCCACCUCCUCCUCCUCCCUCCCUCCUUCUUUCCUCCCCCCCCCAAGUCGACGUCUCUCGCAACGCCCUCAGUUUCACACCCGUU